GAGUGGUAGUGGAUGGAGAUGGAUUGAGAGGAGAGAGAGAGAGAGAGAGAUUAACAUUGAUUGGGAAAUCAAGACGAGACGAGAAGAAAGAGAGAGAGAGAGAGAGAGAGAGAGAGAGAGAGGACACUGCAAUUUCCAAACAAAAUCCACGAUUUGGGAAGCACCAACAACCAAUACCCAUUACCCACCACUUCCAUCUCUCACAAAUCACCACGAAAUCAAUUAUUCAAUCUCUCUGAAUCGCGGCAAGGAGAGAGAAUAAGAAGAAGAAUAUGCAACAGAGGCUAAAGUUGCAGCAACAACAGCAAGCCCUCAUGCAGCAAGCUUUGCUUCAACAACAGCAGAUGUACCAUCACCCUGGCAUGCUUGCCGCCGCUGCCAUGACUCAGAUGGAGCCUGUUCCAAGUGGAAAUCUGCCUCCCGGUUUUGAUGCUUCUGCAUGCCGUAGUGUUUAUGUAGGAAAUAUUCAUGUAAAUGUCACGGAUAAACUUCUCGCAGAAGUUUUUCAGAGUGCCGGUCCUCUUGCUGGGUGCAAGCUCAUAAGAAAAGAAAAGUCCUCUUAUGGUUUUGUGGACUACCAUGAUCGAGCAUCCGCAGCCCUUGCAAUAAUGACAUUGCAUGGACGACAACUAUAUGGUCAAGCUCUUAAGGUGAACUGGGCAUAUGCCAAUAGCAGUAGGGAGGAUACGUCAGGGCACUUCAAUGUAUUUGUUGGUGAUUUGAGUCCAGAGGUUACUGAUGCAACUUUAUUUGCAUGCUUCUCAGUCUAUCCUAGUUGUUCUGAUGCUAGGGUUAUGUGGGAUCACAAAACUGGUCGCUCAAAAGGAUAUGGUUUUGUUUCUUUCCGCGAUCAUCAGGAUGCCCAAAGUGCCAUAAAUGAUAUGACAGGUAAAUGGCUGGGAAAUAGGCAAAUAAGAUGCAAUUGGGCAACUAAAGGAGCUGGUACCAGUUCAAUGGAGGAGAAGAACAAUGACAACCAAAAUGCUGUUGUGCUUACAAAUGGAUCUUCAGAUGGAGGUCAAGAUAACAAUAAUGAGGAUGCUCCUGAAAACAAUCCUUCAUACACCACAGUUUAUGUCGGCAACCUUCCCCAUGAUGUAACACAAGCUGAACUCCAUUGUCAAUUCCAUGCAUUGGGGGCUGGGGUACUUGAGGAAGUCAGAGUUCAGAGGGAUAAAGGUUUUGGAUUUGUCAGAUACAAUACUCACGAGGAAGCAGCAUUGGCCAUUCAGAUGGCUAAUGGAAGACCAGUUCGUGGGAAGACUAUGAAGUGUUCAUGGGGUAGCAAACCAACGCCUCCUGGGACAGCUUCAAAUCCGUUACCUCCUCCUGCUGCACAACCAUAUCAAAUACUUCCUACUGCAGGGAUGAACCAAGGCUAUUCUCCUGCUGAGUUGUUGGCGUAUCAGCGCCAGCUGGCCUUGAGUCAGGCUGCUGUAUCCGGCCUUUCAGGACAAGCUCUUCUUCAAAUGUCUGGGCAGCAUGGCCUAGCUCCUGCUUCAAUGGGUAUAAACUCUGGGGCAUCCCAAGCCAUGUAUGAUGGAUAUACUGGUAAUUCGUCAAGACAGCAGCUUAUGUACUAUCGUUAAUGCAUUAACCAGUGCAGAUUCGCCAGUUGCGUUGUUGCCUUUUGGGGGCAUUGAUGUGCAUCACAUUUCUCUUUGCUUCCACACAACAGCAUGUCCUAUUCAAACUGGUUUUUUUUUUUUUUUUAUUGCGGUAUUGUGGCUUGAUUUUUAUUUUAUUUUUACUGUGUUGUAAUUUAUUUUGUUUGAUCUAAAGAGGGUUUAAGGACUCAACAAAGGGAUCUAUGUUUUGCUAGAAAGAGCUGUGAGUUUUAUGUAUUGUUUGGGUAGUUUUUAUUAUCGUUACUGUAUAUUUAUAAAGUAUUGACUCAAGUUCAUGUUAAUAAUUUUGUUCUUGUUUUC